AUGUCAGCAGCGGACGGGCGGCAGCUCGUCGGCAGGUACCUCUGGCCGGAUGGCCGGCAGGACGAGGCGGAUGAGACGGCUGGCUGGCAGCGGGCAGCAAAGCUGAAAAUUUUCCUGCCGCCCGUGCCGGAGAUGCUACAGGGAUGGCUCAGGGAUAGGGGAGGGGAAAACGAUGGGGGAGAGGAGGAGGGAAGAGGAGAGGAGGAAAGUGGUAUGGGCGAGUGGGUAGAGGAGGGGAAUGAGAGAGUGAUGGGAGAAUCUGGAGAGAGGAGGGAGGGAGCAGUAGUAGACUCAUUACCGACCAGCAGCACUGACAGCGAAUCACAAUCCGCCACGUGGCUAUCCACCCCUCACCCCACGUUCAGCGUGUGGCGAAUCAAAUCCAAGCAACCCCUCCUCCACCUCACUUCCGCCAUCCGCUUCCCCCAAGGCUGGUCCCCCCUCUCCCCCUUAGAAGACUCAAACCACCUCGCCCUCCCCUCCUCGCUCUCCUCCCUCGAAACCUCCCUUAAAGCCCACAAGCAAAAGCUGUCGCAAAUCAGAAAGAGGGUGAAGGCUUCAGCGGUGUAUAAGCGGCGGCAGCAGCAGGUGACGGAGAUGGGGAGGUGUGAGUACGAGGAGGGGAAGGUGGGGAGGAGAGUGGAGGCGCUGAGGCGGCGGAUUGCAGGCAUGCAGCCGGCCGGGUGGCAGGAGUUUGUUCAGGUGGUUCAGGUGCUGGCUCAGGCAGAAGCGCUGGAUCCGCAGAGCAGCACACUCAUGCCGCUUGGGGAGAUUGCUGCCAAGGUGCGAGGGGUGAACGAGCUGUGGAUCGCAGUGGCCCUCUCACACCCCUCCCUCCCGCGCCUUUCGCCCCCGGCCAUUGCGGGGUGCUGCGCUGCUCUGGUGUCUGAAGGCAUGCGCAUGCGCACAGGCGACGGCAGUUCGCCCUCCUUCCCCUACGAGCCGUCUUGGGAGGUACAGGAGUGGGUGUACGAGGCAGAGGAGCGCCGCGAUUGGCUGAUGCAGCUCCAGCUGGCUGCCAACGUGGCGAUCCCUGCUGACCUGGACGCGCAGUUCGCUGGAGUGGUGGAGGCGUGGGCGCAGGGUGUGACGUGGCGCCAGCUCAUCGCUGACUGUGCGGGGCUGGACGAGGGGGACAUUGCGCGGCUGCUACGACGCACCAUUGACUUGCUCUCUCAGAUCCCAUACCUUCCCGACAUCGACCCCUCAUUGGCAAAGGCAGCAAAGCAGCCGGCAGUGUCGUCAAUGGCGGGCGUCGCCGGCGUUCCUGCUGCUAAAGUUGCUCCCGUAUCGUUAUUGACGCCUGACAAUGCUGCGCGGAAGGUGCAAGCGGCAUGGCGGGGCUAUUCUGUGCGCCAGGGCAAGCCUCUCGAACUGGCUCGGUCCAUAGCUGACGUUCGGAAACUGGUUAACGAGAUGGACGCGCAGCUUCGGGAUAAAGAUUUUGUGGCUAAGAUGGUUUCCGACCCUAUGGAGAAGCUUCGGGUGAGCGAGACGAUCAUGAGCUGGCUGCUUCGGUUGGACGAGGUGCAGUCCCCGAACCAGGACGUUCGCAACUUGCGGCGAGACAUGGCUAGGAAGCUCACGAAGCUGCUAGACAGGGUCGACAUUCUCACAAGUGCUCAACCACAGGAGGCUGAGGCUCCACUUGAAGUUGCUGUUGACACGGGUGUUACCACAAUGGAUGAUGCAGGAAUGGAUGCAGACCCACACUGUGAGGAUAGCAGCCAUUGUGGCAGUCAAUGCAGCGACAAGACAUGUAUGAGCCGCGAGAGCUCUGAUGAUGCCAAGAGCACACAUCAGGGCGUCGCCACGCGCGUCGAACCGUCGUCGCAGAGCCCUCGCGCGCCAUCAUUCGCGACCAACAGUCGUCGACAGCUGUUCAGCCGCUUCAGCUGCGGCAGGUCGAACCUCAAGGGCUACACGUCCAAGGCUGGCCUCACAUCGGGGCUGGUGCUGCACUGGAAGGCCACCAAGGGGCGGACAAUCAAAAUGGCCGUGGUGGCAUCGGGGGCCAAGGCCGGUGGGUGGUUCGCCGUGGGAUUCUCACCCAAUGGAGGCAUGGCCGGCAGCAACACCAUCGCCACAGACUCCUCGGGCAGCCCCGUGACGAAAGAUCUCGUCGGGCAGUCGUCGGCGGACGAUGCGACGUGGACCGUCGGAUCGGGCUCGAUUUCCACGACCGGCAGCAAGGUCAUUAUGAAGUUCACCAAGAACAAGGGCGAUGGGGCAUCUGUGAAGGUUAAGGCCGACAACGACAACAAUAUUGUGUGGGCGUUUGGCGAUGGUGACACUGUCUCUAUGCACAAUGGAGCCGGUAAAGCAAGCAUCAACUUUGCCUGCGGGUGCCCGUGGUUCCAGAGCAAGUGCUAA